AUGGCAAGGUACCUCGGCGGAAGAAAAUCCGGAUACAGGAGGAUAGACGGGUCGGGUAACGGACGUCGCCGUAGAAGCGUGGUGCUUGCUAACGGUUCGGGUAAGAGGAGGCGGUUUUGGCGGGUGAGGCGCCCGAGGAUUGAGAUCUUGAAGUUAGUUGCUAGUCCGAAGAGGUUCUUUGUUUGGUUACGCGACGCGUAUGAGAAGAUGAUGCUGAGAUUCGCCGAGUCGAGCAUGGUGAGUGCGGGAUCAUAUGGUGGGUCCGCUUAUGGGAACGGGAUUGGAAAGGCCCGGCUGAAGGAGUAUGAUGAGAAGAUGAUCGUUGAGAUCUAUAAGUCUAUUGUGAUGGCGGAAGGUCACGUGAUGGUGCCACGUGAGGCCGGAAAACUUGGGUCUCGUCUGUCGCCGGUGGAGGAGGAGUAG